AUGGAGUUGUCAACCAAAGGAAUCUCGUUGAAAGUUCCAAAUGAAACAAAAGACGUCGUCAUACGAGAAGUUCUGCCAGGAACGACCGUCGGAGGAGGGGGUGGAUCGAAAGAGAUCCACUACAAAUGGAAAUCAAAACCUGCAAAUUCUACCACGGAAUCAUUCCACGAUGCAGAGAUGUCUCUUCGUUACGUCGGUGAUUACCUGCUCCGAAGAGCAGAGCCUACAGAAGGAAUUGGCGGGCAGUUUCUAGUGAUUUCUGUGAAACGAGAGGGAGGAUUUGUACAUGUACCGUUAAGUCAGGAUAGAGAAGGACCUUUAAAGCAGUUCUACUUUAUGCCGACAGUUAAAGAUACUAGUGUUCUGAGUGUUAUUGACGGACAUUUAGCCAGGGGUCUUCCAAUUUGCAUCACCUGGAAUGCAUAUCUCCGGAAACCAGUCAACCGAUCCACAUGGCUCAUCGCACAUGAAGAUGUUAUUCUGUACAAGAAAAUUGGGUCAGGCGCAUUUGGGGAGGUUUUUCUCGCGAGGAUGGUCGACCCGACAAGCGAGUAUGUACUGGAUUGUGCUGUAAAAAAACUAAAAAUGGAAGCAACAAUGGAUGCGAAGUUACGAUUCAUGAAGGAGGCGCGGAUGAUGAGGAAGUGCUACAAACACAAACAUGUCGUUAUGAUUUUUGGAAUCGCAACGUUGAAUAGUCCGCUGUUGAUUUUGAUGGAAUUGUGUCCAAAUGGCUCUCUGGUAUCCCAUCUUCGCAAGAACAAAGGGAAAGUGACGGUUCUUGAUAAGCUCCGUUUUUCAGCGGAGGCUUCUAGUGGACUGGCUCAUCUGGAAAAAAUGAACUGCAUUCACCGUGACGUUGCAGCUAGAAAUUGUCUGUUGUCUUCAAAGAAUGAAAUCAAAAUUUCAGAUUUCGGUCUAGCAGACAACAAAGGCAUGGCAAUUGACUUCUCACUGGACAAGCUCCCGAUCAAAUGGUUAGCACCAGAAACUAUGCAGGACAAGGUGUAUUCUUUGAAAUCUGACAUUUGGGCAUUCGGAGUCAUGAUUUGGGAAAUAUUUGCGGAUGGAGAUGAGCCAUAUCCUGGGUUAAACAAUGUCCAAGCUCGUGCUAAAAUCGUUGUCCAUGACUAUCGGAUGAAGUUUCCCGAUGAGACCCCUGUUGAUGUGGUUCAAGUGAUUGCCACAUGUUGGAACAAAAAUCCGGAUCACCGAUCCAUGAUGUCUGCUCAUUCUAUUGCUCUACAACAGAUUUAUGACUCGAAGAUUCCUCUUCUUUUCAACCAAUCUCCAAAUAUGGUCACGCCGCUAAUUACCAAUCCUGUCGUUCCACUUCCACCAGAGAAUGUUCCGUUCUCCCCGCCAUCAGAUAACUGUGACAAAUCAUCAUAUCAUAAUAGAGAUUGA